GUCAUUGCAACUUCCGUUGUAAGUUGGCGCGAAAUGGAUGUAAACAAAUGCAAAUCCUUCAUCGUUUUAUGUCGUUAGAACAAUAUUGUAAGCAAUGGACAUAAGGAACUUUUUUGGAGCAAAAACGCACAAGAAAUCAGAUGGUGGAAAAGAAUCAACCGUAAAGAAAACUGAAGAGUCGAAAAGCAAAGGUACAACCAAGAAAAAGGAGAGUGUCAAGUCAAGCAGCCAGAGUAACAGUACUAAACGUAAGGCUGCCCAGGACAGUUCCCUUAAAAAACAGUCCCAGAAAAAUUCUAAUAGACAGAAGGAGACGGAGAAAAAGAAGAUUUAUGUGCUAGACAGUGAUUCAGAAUCAGAACUGUACACAAGUCCACCGACUGUGAAAGGAAAACCGAGCAAAGAUGAAAAUAAAACAAACAGUACCAAGAAAGCGGGAAAAUCUCAACCUCGGGAGAGUAGCAAUGACAAAGUUAAUCGAAAGAAAGGCAAAGGAAAAUCUCAGCCCCAUGAGAGUAGUGAUGAUGAAGUUCAGCAAAAGAAAGGCAAACGAAAACGACAACAGAUAAGUAGUGAGGAUGAUGAAGAACCAGCAAUUUCAAAACAAAAACGCAAGUCAAAGAGAAGACUAGACUCGGAUUCUGAGGAAGACGUUGAAGAAGUUAAACAAAAGGACCGUCAUGGUCGUGGUAAAAAGUCCAAAACUCACUGUAUUGAUUCAGAUGAAGAAACCCCAAGAAAGACUACACUAGAUGCAUUUUUAAAAUCACCAAGUCCCAAGAAACAAGUAGAGAUGAAGACGAAGAGUAUUACAAAGACCCCUGUAAGUGUGCAGGAUUUUUUCGGGGGUGGAUCCGUGUCUCGAUCAGACAAAAAGGUGGCUGCCAAGCGCACACAGGAAGAGUCUCGCGUAUCACCUGUGGUGUAUGAUGUCGAGAUGCACGAAGACGACGAUUUCCAGAAAACCUUGGACAUGGCAGACGGAAGCAAAGCUAAGAGAGCAAAGCGCAAUGCAGAAGAGAAAUCAUCCAGUUUGAAUGGAGGUGAGAGUCUGGCGAGUAAGCUUGCAGCUAGGGUACAGUCUCUCGAUGACAGUGAUGUGAUUCCUGAUACACCCAGCUCAGAAAAGGGUCAAUUUACAAAGAUUUCAGAGAGAAAAGACUCACCGAAGAAAAUUGAAAGAAAUAAAGUGGCUCCUAGAACGUCCCCAAAGAAACCUUCCCCUGUCAAAUUCACCCCCAAAAAGACCAUUGUUUCAAGUGAGGCUGCAGUAACACCCAAGUCAGAAGAAACCAGCAAACCUGGUGCAAAGGCUAGCCCCACCAAAGUUUCCCCAGAUACACCGUCCCUAUCCAAGAAGGGCAGCAUGUACCGCAGCUACCUAAACCGAGAAGGUCCGCAGGCGCUGGGCUCCAAGGAAAUACCCAAGGGAGGAGAAAACUGCCUGGAGUCCUUGACAUUUGUCAUUACUGGUGUAUUGGAAUCAUUGGAGCGUGACGAAGCCAAAAGUCUGAUUGAGAGAUACGGGGGGCGAGUCACAGGGAGCAUCAGCAAGAAGACUAGCUAUAUAGUGAUUGGCCGCGACUGCGGGGAAAGCAAACUAAACAAGGCCAAAAGCUUAGGCACAAAGCAGAUCGAUGAGGAUGGGUUGCUGAACUUAAUAAAAACACUUCCCGGGAAACGAUCCAAAUAUGAAGUAAAAGUAGAGGAGCAGAUGAAAAAGGAAUCAUCUAUCUCAAAGAAGACAGAGCCAGCGAAACCUCCUGCAAAAUCUCUAGUGAAAAUUUUUCCAGCAAAUACAACCAUAGAAUCCCAGGAUACCGUGCCUCGCAUGUCCCAAGCUAACGAUCGAUCAGGCGGAACCACCAAAUCUACGGAGGAGAGUUUGAUGUGGGUGGAUAAGUACAAACCUACUCAGCUGAAGCAGAUCAUCGGACAGUCAGGGGAUAAGAGUAAUGCAAAGAAACUUCUGCAUUGGUUAACCAACUGGCACAAAAAUCGGGCAGCGGGAAUCAAACCACAAGGUAAAUUUUUCAGUAAGGGUGACGAUGGGUCUGGAUUUAAGGCAGCCUUGCUCUCAGGUCCCCCGGGCAUAGGAAAGACCACGACAUCGACGUUAGUUUGUAAGGAGGCAGGUUUCUCCUAUGUAGAGUUAAAUGCAUCAGACACACGAUCAAAGAAGAGUUUGAAGGAGGUGGUGGCAGAAUCUCUGAACAACACAACGAUAGUAGACUAUAUUGAAGGUACAAACAGCAGUACUAUGGGCAGGAAGCAUUGUCUGUUGAUGGAUGAGGUGGAUGGGAUGGCAGGAAACGAGGACCGCGGAGGUCUGCAGGAGUUAGUGGCCCUGAUCAAGUCCUCCCAGAUCCCCAUCAUCUGUAUGUGUAACGACAGGAAUCACCAGAAGAUGAGGACUCUGUCUAACCAUUGCUUCGAUCUCCGCUUCCAGAGGCCACGGGUCGAGCAAAUCAAGGGGGCUAUGAUGUCUGUAGCUUUUAAAGAAGGCUUGAAAAUUCCACCUCCAGCCAUGAAUGAAAUCAUUUUGGCAGCCAACCAAGAUAUUCGACAGGUACUUCAUAAUUUGUCGAUGUGGACGUCAGGAGAAAAAUGUUUGACGUACGAUCAGGCCAAGAAAGACUCCACAAAUGCCAAAAAAGAUUUCAAAUUGGGUCCCUUCGAUGUUUGCCGUAAAGUAUUUGUUGGCGGAGAUGAAACUGCUCGCAUGACAUUGAAUGACAAGUCAGAUUUGUAUUUCCAUGACUACAACAUCGCUCCGCUCUUUGUCCAGGAAAACUACAUCCAUGUUCUUCCAUAUGCUGCAAAGGGAAAUGUAAGCCGCCAUUUGUCCUUGCUGGCCAGGGCUGCGGACAGCGUGUGUGAUGGCGACAUGGUGGACCGAUGUAUCCGACAAAGUCAGUCCUGGAGCCUGCUGCCCACCGCGGCAAUGUAUGCAAGUGUGAUACCAGGAGAAUACAUGAGAGGCAAUCUGCCACAAAUGGUUGGUUUUCCAAGCUGGCUUGGCAAGAAUUCUACCACCGGUAAAACAGACCGCUUGCUGCAGGAGCUCAGAACCCACAUGUCUCUGCCGACAUCAGCCAACAAAUUAAGUCUAAACCUGGAUUACCUCCCCUACAUGAGAAAGUUCCUGACGACACCUUUGGUGAUGAAGGAGAACGAGGGAAUACCAGAGGUCAUAGAUUUGAUGGACAAAUAUGACAUCAUCAAAGAAGACUUUGACAACAUCCUAGAGAUUACAAAAUGGCAGAACAGUGAUGAUCCAAUGUCAAAGCUUAGCUCUAAGACAAAGGCUGCCUUUACACGUACAUACAAUAAGGAGGUCCACUUGACCCCCUAUGCUACUGGUACCCUGACUAAGAAAGGCAGAGGGGGCGGGGCACCUGUUACAGAGGAUUUUGAUGUAGAGGGUGAGGAUGAAGGAGCAGCAAUCACCCCAGAGAGUGACGAGGAUGGAAACGAGGACCUAGAAAUGGACUCCAUGAUCAAGUCCAAAAAGAAGUCCAAAGGAAAGGAAAAGGAACAGAAGGAAACAUCAUCAAAGGGAAAAGGAAAAGGGAAGGGAAAAGCGAAAAGCUAACAGCAUGUUAGCGUGUUUAGGCUGUGUAAAGGAAGUGUGUGACCGAGGAACAGAAGUUUGUUGUGAUAUCUGUGUAAGAUACAGUAUAGGAACAACCUUGCUAUGAUGGUGUCGGAGAUCAUUUGAAAUUAUGUUAGUGGUCACUUUACAUUGAUAAGCUGUUGUUAACUCUUGUUUUGAAAUUAUUACCAUUCAUUGGAAUAAUAAAUGAAUUUGAAACAUU